AUGGGACAGGCCCUGGGUAUCAAGAGCUGCGACUUCCAGGUGUCAAGAAACAAUGAGGAGCACCACACCGAAGCCAUCAGCUCCCAGCGACUCAUCGUGAGGAGGGGGCAGCCCUUCUCCAUCACCCUGCACUUCCACGCCCCAGUCUGGUCAUUUCUGCCUGCCCUGAAGAAGGUGAAGCUCAUUGCACAGACUGGAGAGCAGCCUUCCAAGACCAAUGGGACCCAAGCCACAUUCCCCAUUUCCAGUGUGGGGGACCAAAAGUGGUGGAAUGCAGUGGUGACGGAGAGAGAUGUCCAGUCCUGGACCAUCUCUGUGACCACGCCUGUAGAUGCUGUCAUUGGCCACUACUCACUUCUGCUGCAGGUGUCAGGCAAAGAACACCGCCUGGGCAAGUUCACCGUGCUCUUUAACCCCUGGGGUAGAGAGGAUGCUGUGUUCCUGGGGAAUGAGGCUCAGCGCUGGGAGUACUUAUUGAACCAGAAUGGUCUCAUCUACCUGGGCACCGCUGACUGCAUCCAGGCAGAGUCUUGGGACUUUGGCCAGUUUGAGGGGGAUGUCAUCGACCUCAGCCUGAACUUGCUGAGUGUGGACAAGAAGGUGGCAGAGUGGAGCCAGCCUGAGCACGUGGCCUGUGUGUUGGGUGCCUUGCUGCGCACUCUCAAGGAGAAGUACGUUCUGCCCAUGCCGCACACCCUGGAUGGCCAGGAACAGACCCUGCUGAAUAAACGCCGGGGCAGUGUGCCCAUCCUGCGGCAGUGGCUCACUGGCCAAGGGCGCCCAGUGUAUGAUGGGCAGGCCUGGGUGCUGGCCGCAGUUACUUGCACAGUACUUCGAUGCCUGGGGAUCCCUGCGCGUGUUGUGACCACGUUUGGCUCAGUGCAGGGCACCCGUGGGGGUCUGCUGGUGGAUGAGUACUACAAUGAGGAGGGGCUUCAGAACGGAGAAGGCCAGAGAGGCAGAAUCUGGAUCUUCCAGACUUCCACAGAGUGUUGGAUGGCCCGGCCUGCUUUGCCCCAGGGUUAUGACGGAUGGCAGAUUCUGCACCCAAGUGCUCCUAGUGAAAGAGGAGUCCCGGGGUUCUGCGAUCUGGUCCCAGUCAGAGCAGUCAAGGAGGGGACCCUGGGGCUGACCCCUGCAGUGUCAGACCUUUUUGCCGCAGUAAACGCCUCGUGUGUGGUCUGGAAGAGCUGUGAGGAUGGGACACUGGAGCUGACUGACUCCAACACAAAGUAUGUUGGCAACAACAUCAGCACCAAGGGUGUGGGCAGUGACCGCUGUGAGGACAUCACUCAGAACUACAAGUAUCCUAAAGGAUCUCUUCAAGAAAUAGAGGUGCUGGAGAGAGUCCAGAAAGAGAGAAUGGAACAUGGGAAAGACGAUGACAUCCAUCCUCCCAGUCUCGAGUCUGCUGAUCCUUUCUUCCUGUUUUUGGAAGCACCCAGCUCUCUACCCCUGAGAGGGGAUGACCAGCUCUCUGUGACCCUGGUUAACCCCAGUGACCAGGAGAAGGUAGUGCAGCUGGCACUUGGGGUCCAGGCUGUAUACUACAAUGGUGUCCUUGCUGCCAAGCUCUGGAGGGAGAGCCUGUCCCUCAAGCUCAGUGCCAACCUAGUUCGGAGAAUAACCACCAGCCUGUCCUUCUCCUUAUUUGAGCAAAACCCACCUGAGAACAGCUUCCUCAGACUCACCGCCGUGGCGACACACUCUGAGUCCAGGUUUAGCUGCUUUGCUCAGGAAGACAUUGCCAUCUGUAAACCACACCUUGACAUCGAGAUGCCAGAGAAAGCUGAACAGUAUCAACCUCUUAUGGCCUCAGUCAGCAUCUACAACUCCCUGGAUGCCCCCAUGAAGGACUGUGUAAUCUCGAUCCUUGGAAGAGGGCUCAUUUACAGGGAGAGGAGCUACAGAUUAAAUUCAGUGCGGCCUGGACAUACUGUGUGCACCCAGUUCCAGUUCACACCAACACACGUGGGAGUCCAGAAGCUCACUGUGGAAUUGGACUGCAACAUGUUCCAGAACCUCACCAGCUAUAAAAGUGUUACUGUGGUAGCCCCUGAACUUCCAGCUUAA